AAAUAAACUCAUGUGUUAUAUUUCAUUCAUUUCACAUCAUAACAAUAACAAAGGAAAACUGAAUCAAAUCCAAAUCCCUCUCUCUCUCUCUCCCCUAUAUCUUUUUCUUUCUUUCAGAGCUCUCUCAUCAAAUGUAAUUCAAAUGGUGAACAAGUGAGACAGAGAAAGAAAGAUUGAAAGAUAUAAAAAUAUAUAUACCUACAAAUACAUUUUUUUCCCUUUCACUUGUGGAUUUAUAUCAAUAAUCCAUGUAUAGGGUGAAGAGGAAAGCAGGCCUCUUUCACCCUAUGCAUGUCACCAAAUCCAUGGAAAAAGGAUGGAAACCUCACAUUGAAAUAUCACCAACCUGCCCUCGAUGUGGUUCCUCAAACACCAAAUUUUGUUAUUACAACAACUAUAGCUUGACACAACCUAGAUAUUUUUGUAAAGGUUGUCGAAGGUAUUGGACUAAAGGCGGUUCCCUCCGAAAUGUCCCCAUCGGUGGCGGUUGUCGGAAGACCCGAAGAGGAGCCACUAAACAUAACUUCCGUGGUGUCCUCCCAACAACAAUAACCAUCCCUUCUACUAGGGGUUUUCCCUGUGGUGGUUGUGGGACGACGACUGCGACAACGGCUUUGGAUGCCACUAAUUUUGGCUUGCAGACCCAAACAUUAUCUCCACCUUCAAAUGGUUGUUCCACAUUGACAACAGUUGAUCAUCAUCAUCAACAACAUCAGGUUGGUUCAAAUCAAGUUGAUCUUGCUUUGGUUUACGCCAAUUUCUUAAACCAAAAACCAAUGCCUAAUGAUCUUGGGGUUGAAAAUUAUUCAUCUUCUCAUCAUCAACAUCAUCAACCUCAGAUUGAGAUUCCAAUGCUUCCUCCCAUGAGUAUCUCUCAGUUUCCAACUCCAUUUUCUCACGAAUAUGGUACUGAAUUUAUUGAUCAUCACAAUAGGUCUGCUUUUUUCCAAUCUCCAGAGACAAAUUUUGCUAGCAAUGGGUUUUGUUUUUCUGGGUUCGAAUCGAUUGGGAAGCAGACUGAUUAUAAUAAUAAUCAGUUGAUCAGUUUCAAAACUAUGGAAAAUCAUCAAACAAACAUCAUCAACCAUGGUCUUUUACCAGGUGAAGAUUUGAGAAGUACUAAUAAUGCCGAAGGAUUAGUAUGGUCAACGGGUUCGAAUAAUAAUGACUUGAUUUUUAGUAGCCAAACAAUGCAUCCAAAUCAACAGUUUUCAGUGUCAGCAGGGAUCGAAGAACAACAAUUGGCCCCACAUUCAUCAUCUCCAGCAGCAGAACAAGAAGAACCAAAGCCACAAUUAAGGGUUGACAUCGUAAACCAAGCUAAUGUGUCCAUCGAAUUAUGCAAUGUUUUGAGGCCUUGAUUUUUUGGUGUUCUUGUUAAGAUCAAAUAUAAAUAUUACGAUAGAGCAGUAAAUAUAGAGUGAAUUAAGUGAAACAUUUUUUUUUUUUUGAGAAAUACCGUGUAAAAUAUCAUGCUACAUAUAUGUUGUCAAUAUAAAAUAAUCCUUUUUCCAGCUUACCCUAUUUUUAGCUACCUUCUGAGCAGUUGUUAAGUUGUAAAUGUUUGGGUUUCAGGAAUAGAAGAAGAAAAAUAAAAUCAGUGUCUUGUACUUAAAAUUUUGUCAAUGAAGGAGUACUUUUGUAAGUAUGAUUCUGUAGUUCUUGAUUUCUUGUACUUUCAGACUAUAUAUGUUCAAAUACUCUUUCAGGUUGCAUUUCUAGUUUCGCC